AUGACUUCCUCACCACAGCCCGUGCUCAUCAUCGGAGCCGGCAUCAGUGGCCUGCUCCUCGCCCAGCACCUCCGCCAGCAGGGCAUCCCCAGCCGCGUCUUUGAGCGAGACGCUGAUCUCGCCACCCGCGGCGCCGGCUGGGGCCUGACGUUGCACUGGUCCCUCCCGGCGCUGAGAUCGCUGCUGCCCGGCAACCUGGUCGACCGUCUCCCGGAGGCCUAUGUUGAUCGAUCGGCUGUCGCCGAGGGUCUUUCUUCGAGCUUUCCCUUCUUCGACAUUAGCACCGGAGAGCUCAAGGCCUCGACUCCCAAGGCCCCCGAGUCGGACCGCAUCCGUGUCACUCGGGAGGGUCUGCGGAACAUCUUGGCGACGGACAUCGAGAUUGAGUGGGAGAAACAAAUUGCCCUAUUGUCAUACGGCCCUGACUCUGUUACCGCUACGUUUGAGGAUGGCGAGUCGGCCACGGGACGGCUUCUCGUCGCCUGCGAUGGCGCUCAGUCCAUCGUGCGCCAUAUCCUCUUCCCGGACAACGCGGAAACACAUAAAAUUCCCGUCCGGAUGCUGGGAGCGAAACUUGAUCUACUGCCUGAGCAGACCAAGUCACUCCGGGAGCUAGAUCCCUUCUUCAUGCAGGGUACCUCAUCCGCAAAUGAUUCCUUCGUAUACGUUAGCCUGCUCGAUACGCCGGGUAACCAUGGUGACGUCUUCCACCCAUACGUCUACCAGAUGUGCGUGUCUUGGCCGUAUCGCGAGGGCUUCCUCGACGACCCAGCACCCACCGAGAUCCCACCCACAGAUGAUGAAAAGUACAAGUUCAUAAGACGCCUCGCCGAAACAUGGACUGAGCCUUUCCGAACUCUUGCACUCAGCGUUCCUGAAGAUGCCGAGCUCAAGCCCCUUGCUCCCCAGGACUUUCCUCCGCCACAAGGUCUCCGUACGACCGGUCGAGCAGUUCUGAUGGGAGACGCCAUCCACGCCAUGGCCAUGUAUCGUGGUGAGGGUGCAAACCACGUCAUCCUUGAUGUCGCCGACUUUGUAGAGAAGGUGCUGCCAGCUCUGAAGGAGAACAAGGGUACCGAAGAACUGAGGUCGGCAUUAAAUGAGUAUGAAGAUGCAGUUGUGAAGAGAACACGGCCUGGUGUGUUAGCUUCACGUCAAGCCUGCCUAGAUGCACAUGAAUGGGGACGCAUCAACAACACAAGUCCACUGCUCACAAGGAGAGCGCCCCAACUCGCGCUCCCUGAGGGCUAUUAA